AUGGAGAUAUCACUGUUCUUCCUGACGAGCGUUUACUGCAUGGAUAGGUUUCUACCGCAGAUGAGACCGUACACGGGGAAGUUCCUUCACUUACAACACCGUUACCCAGGAACAGACCAGUAUGAUAUUGGCGUCAACGACUGCUUCUUCAUCCUCACCGGGAUGUUCCUGGUGACCUUCAUCCGUGCAGUGUCGAUGAACUAUCUGCUGAGGCCACUGGCGGAGGCUGUCGGCAUACACAAACACCGUGCAACGCAGAGGUUUAUGGAGCAGGGUUGGUACCUGAUCUACUACUCAAUCUCGUUCAGUGCGGGACUAUACAUCUUGUAUUAUCAUUCUGAUUAUUACAAUAACUUGGACAAUCUGUACAUUGCAUGGCCGCACGAUCACAUGUCUGCGUUGUUCAAGAGCUACUACCUUUUGGAGAUGUCAUGUUGGUUACAGCAGAUCUUCAUAUUGAACAUUGAAGCGAGACGGAAGGAUCAUUACCAGAUGUUCAGCCAUCAUAUCAUUACGUGCUUGCUUCUAGGAGGCUCGUACUACUAUUACUUCACCAAGAUUGGCCAUGUCAUCUUGUCCAUCAUGGACGUUGUCGAUAUCUUCCUAUCAAGCGCAAAGAUACUAAGAUACUGCGGGUUCCAGACAAUGUGUGACGUACUCUUUGGGCUGUUUGUUGUUGUAUGGAUAGUACUGAGACAUGGGCUAUACAACUACCUAUUUUGGCAUGCGGCAACCAGGGCAAAGUCCUUAAUGGCUAGUGGGAAGUGUUUAUCUAUAGAAGGAAUUAAUCAUCAGAAAAGAUGUUGGACAGAUAACGUCAUUACGGUCUUCCUAUCUUUACUGGGUGGGUUGCAAAUCAUCACUAUAAUUUGGAUGUACCUCAUCGUCAAAGUGAUCGUUAAAGUCGUCACAGGCUCCAAUGCUGAAGAUGUGAGAAGCGAUGAUGAGGAUGACUGA